CGGGCUGUGCUAACUGCGCCAUGGGCAACAAAUUGAGCUGUUCGUGUGCGCCUCUGAUGCGCAAGGCUUAUCGCUAUGAGGAUUCACCCUGGCAGAGCUCUCGUCGUCGCGAUGGUCAUCUCUUAAGUUCGUUCAGGUUGUGGGCUGAGGUCUUUCACGUAUCGGCAAGCGGCGCCGGCACCGUCAAGUGGCAACAAGUGUCUGAAGAUUUGGUUCCUGUUAACAUUACCUGCAUUCAGGACUCGCCCGAGUGCAUCUUUCACAUCACCGCGUACAACAGCCAGGUGGACAAGAUACUCGAUGUGCGACUUGUGCAGCCAGGCACACGCAUUGGCCAGGCAUCGGAAUGCUUUGUUUACUGGAAGGAUCCAAUGACUAACGAUACUUGGGGCCUCAAUUUCACAUCGCCCAUCGAUGCCAAACAGUUUCGGGAAUGCUGUUCGCCUUCUUUCAAAUUUUCACGAAAGGCCUCGUCGAGCUACUCCCUGAAACUGGAUCCGCCGGGCAAGGGCAAGGUGAAGGCCAAGCGAAAGCCUCUCAGCACUCCGGCGUCGCCGUCGCGCGUGCGCCAAGAGCCCCAAUGCACCUGCAUGUCCGCCGAGCAGUAUGCGCGCUUGAGAACCGAUCCACGUGUUAGAGGUUCAUCCACAUUGCCGCGUAAUGUCGGCUCCCACAGAAUCACCGAUGUCGAUGGCCAGCAGCAGGGCAAAGUUGUAAGCGCCGUGAGCAGCACCUCGCUCUAUGAUAAUGUGGCUAGCGGUGGGCCGGGCGUGGUCCAAGGAGGCGAUACCCUACAACGUCAGCUCAAAGGGCAAGACGGCUCGAUGGUGGCCAAUGCGGGCGUCAAUACCAACACACCGGGCGUCAUUGUCACCGGCGUGGGCAGCGGCUCGGACAUGUGCACACAGAAUCAUGUGGGCUCCCAGGUGGGCCCAGACGAUGCCGGCGCCUGCCAAAUGGAUAUGGAUCUGUCGAAGAGCGAGGGCACCCAGGUUGGCGGCGGACUGCACCAGAGCGUGGGCACCUCCACCAAGUCGACCGGCACACGCACCAAGGAUUUCAACGAUGAUAUGACACGCGACGCGCACUCGCACGAUAUGCACCACCAGCACAACGUAAUCAACAACAACACACGACGCAAGACCAAGAGCACCGAGGACAUGAACGUCGACACGAGCACACUAAAGCGCAUGCUAAAGCCGAUGCCCAGCACCGAGAGCCCCGUCACGUCGCCGGAGAUGGGGCGACGCCGCUACAACUACUACAAUGCCAAUGGCGCACAAACGCUGGGGCCGCAGCACAUGCAUCAGCACGGCAUGGGCAUGGGCAUGGGCGUGGGCGUGGGCGUCGGCGGUGGGCCCGGAGGUGGAGGUGGCGGUGCUGGCGGCGGCCAUCACGUCAUGAACAACAAUACCAUGGGCCGCAACAGCGGCAGUCAGUCGUCGCGCUUCUCCGGCUCGAGAUCUUCGCAUGAAAUCGGUCGCGGCUAUCCGCCGCGCAAUCUGUACUUGGAAUUGGAGCGAGAGCGCGAGCGCAGCUGCAUCGAGGGCUCGCCGCCAUCGGAUAACGUGAUGUUCGACAACCAGUGCUAUGCGACCACGCCCAGCUCCAGCAACGGCAACUCCGAUCAGGAUCAGUCGUAUGGGCAGCAGCAGCAGCCACAGCAGCCGCAUCCACAGCAGCAGUCGCAUCAGCCGCAUCAGCCGCAUCCGCCGCACCCACAGCAGCGGGCAUCCAGGCAUCAGCAUCAUCAGCAUCAGCAGGCGCCCAAUGUGACGCCCACACCGGGCAGCCCCACCUCGCGGCUGCUCAUGGAGUACGAGAUGCACUUGCGUAAUACCCUGGCCAAGGGCAUGGACGCCGAGUCCUAUAGCCUGCAUACGUUCGAGGCUCUGCUCUCCCAGAGCAUGGAGAAUCUGGCCAAUGCGAAAUCUUCAACCUUGCCGCUGCCGCCGCAUCGCCCCCUAUCCACCAUACGGGAUAAGGAACGCGAUCGUGAUCGGGAUGGCUAUUACAGCGAUCGCAACGAAUUGAUUCGCGAGCGUGAACGGGAAAGGGAUCGCGGCUAUCUGUCCGAUCACAAUGCUAGUUUCUCGAAUUCUCGCUGUGCCAGCUGCAUUGGUGAAUCGGCACGUGCUCAGUGGUUCCGUCAUUCGGAUGGCUGGCGUUCGGGCAGCUCGACCAUUGGUUCCGGUUCCGGCCACGGCAUGAUGGCCCAGCAAAUGGCCGGCUCCGGUCACAAGCGUUCGCCCUGGGACUCGCUGCCGUCGCUGCGCCAAGACAGCAGCCUCAACGAUUCCGGCUAUAAGAGUGCACGCGCUGACUCCUUGGAGCAACGUGCUGAAUUUAUACGUCAGGAUAGUUUGCGAUCAGAGUAUUUGAGCGAUCGCGAAUCACGCUAUGGAAUUGUACAACAGGCCUCUAUAGAGAGCACCGAUUCGCGCAUGUGUUAUCUCACAUCGUCAGAGAUCUCGGACGAUGAUCGAAUGAGCCUAACUACUGCCGUUUCGGAUGAAGAUGAUGGCGAAAGUGUCAUGGCGUCACCAUAUAAAGCAAAGGCCACUGGCACCGCUGCAUCCUCCUUCAACUGCACGGGCGCUGUGCGUAAAGCCGGCUUUCUAUCGGUGAAGAAAUGGCUGCUACGUAAGAAGCAUCAAAUCGAGCUGGCUCGCAAGCGCGGCUGGAAGGGCUACUGGGUGUGCCUGAAGGGCACCACGCUCCUCUUCUAUCCGUGCGACUCGCGCGAGGGCCGCAGCGUCGAGGCGGCGCCCAAGCAUUUAAUUAUUGUGGACGGCGCGAUUAUGCAGCCAAUACCGGAGCAUCCGAAGCGCGAUUAUAUAUUCUGUCUGAGCACCGCAUUCGGCGAUGCCUAUCUGUUCCAGGCGCCCUGUCAGGUGGAGCUGGAGAAUUGGGUAAAUAGCAUACACAGCGCCUGUGCCGCUGCAUUUGCGCGUCAUCGCGGCAAAACGGGAACACUGCAUCUGCUGCAGGAGGAGAUCUUUCGCCUGGAGAAGGCCAUUGAAUCGGAUCACAAGCUGAAGCACAUGGCUGAGCUGCAGCAAUCAGUUGUCACCGAUCAGGAGACACGCCAUCAAAUACAGGCACAGAUUUUGCAAUGGGAGGAAAACCUUGAACGUCUGCACUGCGAACAGUUCCGACUACGCUGCUAUAUGGCCUCGCUCCAGAGCGGUGAGCUGCCCAAUCCAAAGUCACUGCUCACCCACGUCUCGCGCCCCACAAAGAAUACCCUGAAUAAGCUGGGCGUUUUUACGGUCUCUUCGUUCCACGCCUUCAUCUGUGCCAGGUCGCCGUCGUUGCUCAAUAAUUUGCUGGCCGGACGUGGUGCCACCAAGCGACGGCCGCCGAUGCUGUCUCGCUCGAACAGCGGCUCCAGUCGCCGCUCCAUGCAGAUGAAUUCACGUGACGAGCCGGAAAAAACCUUCAAAGUUGCAAUGCCCGACAAUGCUUACUCGACAGUUUAUCUACGUGACGCGAUGUCUGUGGAGGAAUUCCUUGCCAGCGCCUGCGCCCGUCGCAACCUCAAUCCGAUGGAGCACUUUGUGCGCGUCAAGAAGCGACGUGACAUGGAGGAUCACAAUUACUUUGUGCCACAUCGCAAUGAUCUGAUUGAAAAUUAUCUACAUAAUCACGAAUUUGUGGAGGUGUGCAUGAAAAUACUGUACCAGGUGGAGCUGCAGCGCACCACAUUGGAGCAAAUGUGGGGCUUCUCGGUGGAGGCGGAGCUGAUUGAGAACGCGGAGCGGCAGGAUGAGCUCUGUUGCUAUGUGAGCCGCGUCGAGGACAAAAGCGUGGCCAUGCACAAUGGCAUUAUCAAGGGAGACGAAAUAAUGGUCAUCAAUGGCGCAAUUGUUUCCGAUCUAGAUAUGAUGUACUUGGAGAGCGUGCUGCAGGAGGAGCAAUCGCUCAGCAUGAUGAUGCGCUCCUCACGCACCGAGCCGCCAGAUCUAGUGGGCAUAAUGCGUGUAACGGACGAUAUGAUUGACUCUCUGGUGUGCCCGCCGCCGCCCACAGAUCCGCCAGUGAUGAGCGAAGAGAUGAUAACUGGACUGAUUGUGCCAGCUCCCGGUUGGAAUGGCACUGGCAAGGAUUUGUAUUCACCGGAGGCGGAAAGCUCGCCGGCGCCCUCAUUUGUGGAGCCAACUGUGGCGCAAUUGGCAGCCGGCGCUGGCGCUGGCGUUGGCGUUGGCGGGGGCGGCAUCAUUUCAGGACUGGGCGUGGCCAAGCCAACAUCGCGCACCAGCAGCUUUGAAAUUGAGAAUCUGCUCAAGACUGCGGAGCAAGAAACGCGCAAAUCGAGCCCCACGGGUUCAGUCACAUCGUCGGUCUCGACCACAGCUUUAACGCCAUCGCGCCAACUGACCGAUGCCGAGAAGCUGCGCAAAGUCAUCAUGGAGCUGGUGGAGACGGAGCGCACCUACGUCAAGCACUUGAACAAUCUGCUGGAGCAUUAUCUGGAGCCCAUGAAACGCGAAACGUUUCUAUCGAAUGCGGAAAUUAAUGCGCUCUUCGGCAACAUACACGAGAUUGUUACAUUCCAGCGUCAGUUUCUCCAGAAUCUCGAAGAGGCGCUCGAACUUGAGCCGGAAUUCAAUAAAUUCGAGCAUUGCGGCCAGUUCAGGAACGUCUUGUUUGCGAUUGGCUCGGCUUUUCUCUAUUAUGUCAAUCACUUCAAGCUGUACUCCUCGUUCUGCGCCAGCCACAGCAAGGCCCAAAAGGUUCUACAUCCAAAUGAGGGCAACCAUGCGCUGCAGGAGUUCCUGGCCGCACGCAAUCCCAAGCAGCAGCACAGCAGCACUCUGGAAUCGUAUCUGAUCAAGCCCAUCCAGCGCAUCCUCAAGUAUCCGCUGCUGCUGCAGCAGAUGCGCAAUCUGACAGAUACGCGGGCCGACGAGCACGUCCACCUGUGCGAGGCACUCAAGGGCAUGGAGAAGGUGGCGGAGCACAUCAAUGAGAUGCAGCGCAUUCAUGAGGAAUAUGGCGCCAUUUUCGAUCAUCUGUUCCGGCAGCAUCAGAAGUCGUGCAAGCAGCCCAUCGAUUUGAGUCCAGGCGAUUUGCUCUACUAUGGCGGCGUCGAAUGGCUAAACAUUUCCGACUUUCUGGGCAAGAUCAAGAAGGGCCUCGAGCUGCACGCCAUGUGCUUUGUGUUCAAGUCGGCGGUGGUGUUCCUCUGCAAGGAGCGUUUGCGCCAGAAGAAGAAGCUAAUGGGCGUGUCGAGCAAGAAUGCACCAAAUGAGGUGGAAAUCAUACGGUAUCAGGUGCUAAUACCCGUCACCGAGGUGCAGGUGCGCGCCAGCUCGGCCAAGGACAUGGACUCGCACUUCCUCUGGGAGCUAAUACACCUGCGCUCGCAGCUGCAGCGCCGCUCGGAGAAGGUCUACGUGCUGUCCAAUAGCACCGCCGAUUUCCGCAAUGCAUUCCUUAAGACCAUCAGGCAGAUAAUCCGCGAGAGCGUGCGCAACAUGUCAAUUCCCAUGAAGAACUUUGGCGGCAGCUCCGGCUCCGUCUCGGGCAUGUCCUCCCAAAUGGGCGGCUAUGCGGGCAACUCGCAGACGCUGGAGCGACCCAAGCAGCAGAUCACCAUCGUUCAUGGCUCGCAUACGCUGGGCAAGCCGAAGAAGAAGUCCGGCUCGCAGCGCCACUCGGCGGGCAAUAUUGACUACGACAAUCUGUCGGGCAGCCAGGAGGGCGACGAUCUACCGCCGAGCGUUGGCGGCGGGGUGCACUAUAUGCCCCACUCCCAGCAGCAGCAGCAGCAACAGCAACAACAGCAGCAGCAGCUGCAGCAACUGCAACAACAGCCGCUGCCACAGCCGGGCGGCUUUCGCAGUCGCAGCAAGACGCUGGGCGAUGUGACAGAAAUCAUUUGCUCGCCCACAGAUUCGCAGCAGCCACAGCAGCAGCUGCAGCAGCAGCAGCAGCAACAGUCAAUGGCGCCGCAUCCACAUCCGCAUCCGCGCGAGCCGCCGCCACCGCCCAUCAGGCAGCCGCAUUUACAUCAUCACAGCAGCGACAUUGAGCGCAUCGAUCCGGGCACCAAGUCGGAGGGCGAGGAGGACUCACAGCAGGGCACAAUCAGGCCCAAGGCUACGCUGGGCCGCACGCCCAAUCACCUGACGCUCAGCACCACGUCGACGCUCUCGGUGGGCAGCACUGGCAGCCAGGCGCGCCUGAUACAAUCAUCGCAUCCGCCGGCCAGCUAUCAGCCGGUGCUAAUGAAGGAUCUAGGUAAGAGCAGCCUAGACGUAGUUGCCAGCGAGUCCGAGCACGAGUCGGAGUCCGAGGCGCAUGCGGUGCACGUGGCAGCCACGUUUAAUCUAAGUCUAGGCAGUAGUGGUAGCUUGUUCGCAGCAACAACAGCAACAACAACAACAAUCUGUAGCGACACUAAUCCAAAUCAGACCCCGACCUCGACCCAAGCACAGAGCCAGAGCCAGAGCCAGACCCCCAGACACUUGUCGCCGCGCCAGUCGCCUCGCCAGUCGCCCAAGCAGGAGAUCGAGGUCAUUGAGAUCUUCGAGAGCGAAGCGGAGCGCCUGGCCGCCUCACAGCAGGUGGCCGUAGUGCAUCAGCAUCCGCGAGGAGGCGAGGCGCAGCAAAAGCGACGCGAACGCGAACGCGAUGCCAGCAAUGGCUCAGGUGCCAGCGGGCAUGCGAGCGAAACGGAUGCCACCACACGCUUCAUGGACAAGCAUCUGUGCGAGCUGGAGCAGGAGGAUUUGGCGGCGGGCAUAUGCGACAUUGCCACCUACAUGGCCAAUCUGCGCGAGAAGGCCUUCGAGCCGACCGACGCCGGCGACGAGGCAGCCGAUCAGCAGCAGAACGACUCCAGUCUCUCGCCCGAGCCUCAGACCAUCGUGGAGAACACUCAGCAGAUCGUGACCGUGGACAUUGAGUCGCCCUCGCGGCCAGCCACCGAAUCGGACAGCACUGGUGGCAAUACAACUGGGCCCUCGGAGCGCUCCGGCGACGAUACCGAGGACGAGCCGACCAGCUCGCUGGCCUCGCACAUCGUCGUCAUCGACAAGAAGGUGGACAAAAUUUUCAAGGCCAAGUCGCCGGAGCGAGCGAGCGCUGCGACGGGCAGCAAGCCGAAGAGCGGCAAGCGCCAGAGCAUAUACAUUUCGCCAGAUCGGAGCAAGUCGCAGGGCAGCUCCCCGGUGCGCAUCAUAAAGAUCAAAUCGCCGCGGACGAGCGUCAGCGAGCAGGGCAAACGGCUGAGCAUCUGCUCCAGUCGCGAGAACUCGCAAGAUCGCCUCUCCGGCGGACGACGCACGCCCAGUCCACGGCGCAGCUCCGAGGGCGGCGGCAUCCUGAAGCACACAAGUCCCGGCGGGGGCAUCCUGAAGCCGCCAGCCAGCCCGGCCAAGUCGAAGAGUCCCGAUCGCAGCUGCCUGAAGAAGAGCGGCCCCUCGCACGUCUGCAGCUCGGAGCCGGGGACGGCAUCGUUGUCGCCGCGCAUCUCGCCGCGUGGCAGCGUCGACCAUCUGUCGCCCGAUCGGGCCAGCAUCUGCCAGCGCCAUUCGCCGCGCAGCAGCUUCGAUAGCCACGGCGGCUCCGACCACAACCUGGAUGUGCCCUACGGCGGCGGUGGCUCGCGCAAGCGCAGCAUGUCUGCCCACGGCAGCUUCGAGACGGGCACCAAGCCGCACGCCCAGGAGACAUAUCAGUACUAUCCGGUCUACGACAAUCAGACGUGCAGCGAUCAUUAUGUGGCCGCCGCGCCCACUAGCAGCCGCUACGGCUCGGGCAACGGACGCAGCCGGUUGAGCAAGUCGCUGGAGCGCUCCACCUCGCGCGACAGCACCACCACGAGCAGCUCGUAUCGCGCCUACGGCGUCUCGCCCGAGCGCAACUAUGUUGUCUACAGCUCCGGGCCACUGCGCUCCCAGUCCGCCGAGAACACCUUCUCGCAGCCCAUUUACGACGCGCUGCCCAGGCAGCCGCCACAGCAGUACAUGCCCAUGGUUAGCUACAUGCAGGAGAUGGAGAUGGCCGGCUAUGGCCAGCCGCCGCCGAUGGCCAUGCCAAUGGGCGGCUGUCAGCAUGAUCCCGCCCAGCAGUCGGUCUAUCAGCUGAGCUCCUCGGCGCCCGAGUACACCACAUGCAUUGACUGUCUGUACCAGAAGCGACCCUCCUAGCAUAAGUCCCGCGUGCGGCAGAGUCGCACGCGGAAGAAGACGCCACGCGGACUGAGCGGCAUGCCCGGAAUGCCAGGAAUGCCAGGAAUGCCCGGCAUGGUGGUUAGCACACAGCCGACGGCCAGCGGUGGCAUUGGCUACAUGCCGGACAUGGGCGGCGAUCCGGCGGGCGGCUGUGUCGACUGCCACGACUACUUCGAGAUCCAUGUCUAAGGGCAGGCGACGGGAUGCAAAUCGAGUGAGGAUGAGACACGUAAACAGGGAUUUUAUGAGACCGUUGAACUUAAGCUUCAAUUUACGAGUAGUUGAAACAAAAACUCAUUACAAAAGCGCAACCAAAGAUAACAGUAACAACAACAACAACAGCAACCCAGAAUGCCUCAAAAAUUAUACAAC